UGGGGAAGGCGGGGAGACAGAAAAUGAACUGCUUCACUUCCAGCAGCACAGAGGAGGGGAAGUGAAGAAGAGAAUUUGACAACUAGACCAAAAGUCUGGGUCUCUGACGGAAAACAUUUUAUAUGAAUCCGUGACAAAAAAAAUAUUUAGGAAAAUUGAAGAAAAUUUGAAGAACACUGAGAGAUGAAGACAAAGAUCUGCUCUACACUUUUUCUCAUUCUUCUAUGUUCUCAGAAGAUUCACAAGGCAGAUGGAGACUGUACAUAUGAUAGAUACCUCAGACAUUGUUCCUGUUCACUACUUGACUUGACCAACAUUUUGACCAUCCUUCCAUGUGUCGAGGCUUUAAGUUUUGAAUUCAAUGGUGGAACAUUCAUCAACCAUGAACAUUUUGCUAAACUGGACAUGAAAUUGGUUAUGAACAUGAUCCAUGUUUCAUUGGCCAAGAUCAGUUUUGCCAAUGCAGUAUUGUCUGAGGAAUUCUUGGUUGCUUUUAUAGAUGUAAUACACCAGGUUCCUGUUGACCUCCUCUCAUUUGAGAACACAACCUUUGUUGGACAAUCUCUGAAUAAUUUGAGAGGAUCACCUCCUAAUAUAUUAUCUCUACAGUUCAUCAACACAUCUUCAAACCCAUUAAUCCAGAGAGACUCUCCCUUUGAAAGGUUUGGCAAUUGGAUGUCCAUUCUGAGGAACCUUACUGUGAAACAGUCACAAUUAACAGGUGGUCCUUGUGACAUCGGUAUACAUUUUCAGGGAUUGACGACUUUAGAGCUAUCAGAAAGCCUCCUGUCUGAUGACAAUAUGUUCGCUGUAUUUUGUAAUGAUGCCUUUCCUACGCUACAAAUCCUAAAACUAAGAAGUAACAAUUUUAGUAAUUAUGAGAUUCUAUGCCAAGCGUUAAGCAGAUAUAACGAACUGAGGCACUUAGAUUUAAGUCUCAAUGACUUGUCUUUUAUAUCAAACUCUUUAUGUGAGUGGCAGCCAUCUUUAAGUCACUUAAAUCUAUCUAAUACAGGCUUAGAACAUGUGAGUAUUAAUCUACCACCAAAUUGUGAAGUAUUAGAUCUAAGUCACAACAAGAUUGAAUACCUAAAUAUUUCUCUGCCCAUAGUGAGAGAGCUAUAUUUGUCCUACAAUAGGCUUUCUACUCUUCCCUCCAUGGGCCAUAUCCCUAUUCUACAAAUUCUAGCUGUAGAUGGGAAUCCCAUCAAACAGUUAGAAGUUAGUCAGAUACAAGCAUUCAAGCUUCUGAGUAGCUUUAAAGGUGAUAACAUCCCAUACACAUGCUCUUGCUCGUUUAUAAAAGAAAUUAAAGAAAUGGCAAAGUCUGGUCUGACACUUCAGUGGUGGCCAGAUGAAUACACAUGCGACUCUCCAGAAUUUGUGCGGGGUAUGGUGAUCAAUGAUGUGAACUACUCAUUGUUUGAGUGCCACACACAGCCCUUAACCAUUGUCAUAUGUAUUGUAAUAUUAAUAAUGUGUGUAGCUAUAAUAAUUUGCUUUGUAAAAAUUUGCCAGAGUAACAAAACAAGAUCUCAAUGCAUGCAAGCUGGAAAUUCAAAUACUAUGUAACUGGAAAUAAAUGUGUACAGAUGA